UGUUGGACGGGCUGAGUCAACAUGUGGUCGUGGGGAGAGGACUGUCAGCGCGGCUUCUCGGUGAAAGGAGAAAGCAUCUCCUCGGACGCCGGGGUCCAUCGCCUGGAGCUCGGCUGCCAGGUCUCGGAUGUGUCUGCAGGAAGCAGAGUUCUCGCCUUCGUCAAGAGCAACGGCAACGCGUUCAUCAUACGGACGAACGAGAGACAAGACGGGACAAGAGUGAGGGGGAAGCAGAAGUUUGUGAAAUGUAAAGAGAAGAUCGAGGCUGUGAGCUGUGGAGAUGAUUUGGUCGCGCUUCUGUCUGAGGGAGGAAGACUCCUCUGUGUCGACACAACUCGCUCUCCCUUCACCCCCAGGCCUCUGGAAGGUUUUUCUAACAUCACCAUUUCUCAAGUUGCUUGUGGGAGCCAGCACUCGGUCGCCCUGACCAAAGGUGGUCAGGUGUUCACCUGGGGCCAGGACUCCAAGGGUCAGCUGGGUCUGGGGAAGAGGAAGGCCGGGGCUGGUUCACCCCAACAGCUACGAGCUCUGUCAGCGAUCCCUGUGGUCCACGUGGCUGCAGGUGGGGAGCAGAGCUUCGCCCUCUCCGUCUCUGGAGGUGUGUUCGGCUGGGGAGGAAACCACUGUGGCCAGCUCGGACUGGGAGACACAACAGACAGACAUAUGCCAACUUCUGUGCAAUGUUUGAACAUGAAGAAAACAAGUCAGAUUUCCUGUGGAACAGACCACACCGCCAUCUUAACCAAGCACGGUGCAGUGUUCACGUUCGGCUCUGGUCAACACGGACAGCUCGGCCACAACUCGUCACGAAAUGAACUACGUCCUCGUCUGGUCGCAGAACUCUGGGGGGCAAAGGUCACCAAGAUCGCAUGUGGAAGACAUCACACCUUAGUGCUGACGGAAGCCAAGAGGAUCUACUCCUUCGGUUGUGGAGAUCAAGGGCAGCUUGGUCAUGGAGAGGAGAGUCAUGCAUCUGUUCCACUUCCUGUUCAGCUGCCACAGGACACCAGCGACGACCAAAUUAGAAACAUCUUUGCAGGAGAAAACUGCUCGUUUGCAACAUGCUCGUCUGAUCAGGAUUCAAACACAGACAGUGUCAGCAGUGUAACACAGACCUGUCUUGACGGCAUGAUCGACAAAUGGACGUCUGAAUGUGAGUCCAAAUCAUGGAAGAAGAUCAAACUGGAAAUCCACCAGAUGUUUACCUCUGCUUCCUGUCUGAAUAAAAGCUUCCUCAAGAAAAGAGAAAAACAUUUCCAAACUUCACCAAAAUUCCACGGCUUGAACCUGUUACUUGCUCGAGCUGCUUUCAAGGAACUGGUGAAGAAGGAAAAGCUUUGGACAGAGGUCGAGGCUGCCAUCCUGCAGCUGCUUCCCUCUCUUGAUAAGAACCCUGUGGGGGUGGAGGGUUUGAGGAUCUACCUGCUUCUCAACGAGCUCCUUCAUGUGAUCCAGAAACACACACAGCAACAGAGCACAAAGCUCGCUGAGGCCGUCGCCGCUGCUGUGACAGGCUUGUCAGGGAAAAACCUGCAGGUCAUAGGGAACUGGUGGUCCUCACUGUCGCCCUCCACCAUGACUAAAUAUGUCAAGGUGUGGAAGCAGGCCCUCACCGUCAUCCUGUCCUACGAACCUGUUCCUCGCAGCUCUGGAGUCAGAAACCUGCUUCUGGUCCUUCAAUACAUGUACAAUGUCAACAGCAGGGUUGCAGAAUCUCGAAGGAUCCCAGAGAGCUUCUUUUGUUUGGUGUUUGACGACAUGUUCCUCGGUGAGGAACUGGACCUGUGGCAUUCACAGUCACAAAAAAGGUUUGGGCGAGCUGAGCCACCACUUGUCCUUUGCAACUUCCCGAUUGUGUUGGAUCUGCAGUCGAAGAAGAAAGUUUUUGACAUGAACACUGAUUACUCCAAGUUUACAGAAGUGCAUCGCAUCAUGAAGGAACGAUUUUGGAUGUUUGAAUUCUCUCCUCCAAGUCCUCCAGAUGUGUAUUUUGUGCUGGACCUGGAGCGAGCAUCAGUUUUGGAGGACACCUUCAAACAACUCACUGAUCGCAAACACCGAGACUACAAGAGGCCACUUGUGGUGGUUUUUGAUAAAAACUACACCAUCGACGAUGUCUUCAAGAAAGACUUUUUUUAUAAAGUCUUUCAUGAGAUGGUGUCAGCUAAAUCUGGGAUGUUUGUGUUCAGUGACUCUGAAACGCUGGCAUGGUUCUCUUCCAGAGCGACACAGGAGGACCAGAGAUUCCUCAAACUCGGACUUCUGUGUGGACUGGCUUUGUACAACCAGUGCAUCAUCCACUUACCAUUCCCACUGGUUCUGUUCAAGAAGCUACUCGGUGUAAAGCCUUCUCUUGAGGAUAUGAUGGAGUUCAGCCCAAGUGUUGCAAAGAGUCUUCAAGCCAUCCUGAACGACUACAGUGAUGAGGAAAUAGAAGGGCUGUACAAGGAUUUUAUUAUCAACUGGGAUGGUGCCGACGUUGACCUUGAUCCUGAAAACCCUGAAAAGAUGUUGACGGGUCAGAACAAGAAGGAGUUUGUGGAUGCCUAUGUGAAUCACGCCUUCAACACAUCAGUUGAUGCAGUGUUUCAGGAUUUCAAGCAAGGCUUCUUCCAGGUGUGUGACUGGGAUAUUGUAAAGCUCUUCAGGCCAAAGGAGCUGCGGGAAUUGAUGGUGGGCAAAGACUUAAAUGACUGGGAAAAGCUGAAACAGAGCACAACUUAUGAGGGAGAAUACCAUGUCAGUCACCCGACCAUACAGAUGUUUUGGGAGGUUUUUGAUGACCUAAGUGAAGAUCAGAAGAGAGCACUUCUUUGGUUUGUGACAGGGUUUGAACGCCUGCCUAUUGUCGGCGGGGACAAAAUCAAGAUGAAAGUCGGAGUUAAAAAUGUGAACGACUGCGACAAUGACCAGUACUACCCUGAGACACAUACGUGUUUUUCACUCUUGGAGCUGCCCUUAUACUCAACCAAGGAGAUCAUGAAAACCAAACUGAUAGAGGCCCUGAACAACAAUUUGGGGAUCUACCGGUGAUCAGUGCUACUGAACAGAGGACUCAACACUGUGAUAGAGUGCUUUGAUGUAAAUGGACCAAACUGCUGUCUUUAGAGAAACUGCUGCUGAUCCUGGAAACUGUGUACAGUUGUGUACUUCCAACUGUAUUGGAUUGAUUUUGAUAAUCCUUUUUUUGUGUGUAAAAAAAACAUGAUGACAAGAAAGAUGUAUGUGUGUGUUGGUGUGUUUAAACAUUUGUGUUAAUGGUCACAAAUAUCCAAGUGACGAGGAGUUUGUCUGCAAGCGAGAGCCCUCUGUAAUGUAUCCAUCAUCAGCCCUUCAGUCUAUUGGCUGUAUGCUUGUUAUAGUUACAAUAUUAACAGUUUCUCAGAGGGAAUCAUUUUUGUAUUUAGUGAGCCCUGAAUUUUGAAUCUGUAUAAUACUUUAAUAUAAGACUAAAUAACUGCACUUUGUUUUGUGUUAAUAAUGAGCUUCUUUAAUGGCUGUGGACACCUAAGGUACCAGAAUAUCAGAAAUGUUUAUCGAUCAUUGUGGUCAAGCAUCUGUGGAAACUGUCUUUAGUUCUAAUAAAGAUGAAGGAAUGACGAUCACUAUUCUUAGCCUCCUUCUGUAUCACUUUAUAUCAUCACAAUAAAGAGCAUUCAAGACUCAA